AUGCUUGAGGUGGCUAAAGAGCAAGCAUGCAAACUGAUAAGCUCGUUGGAGAACGUAAGACCAGGCAUGAGACCGUGUUCCUUGAGCCAGAAUAUGGACACGAAGGGACUCGGAGCCCAAGAAUAUGCCUUCCGCGGCACGAAGAAGGCGAGGACGUUUGAGGCAAAGCGAUGCUUAUUGAGACGCUUGCAAUUCCACAUAUCCUACCCCCGUCUUCUCCUACUGCUCAUUCCACCCACCACUAAGAGACUUCAACCAUCAUGGGAUGAGUUGCUCGAUCAUGGAGAUGAACAAUUCGAACUGUCCUUCCCACCCGUUCAUGGUGUCAAUCCUUCGCUCACGCUGAAGGCCACUGUUGUACAUGCUAGCGAUACUCGGGACGGCGCACUACUUGACGCGAGUGACCCAGUUUGA